CACACUCGCCUCAUCUCUCGACAGCGUCCGCCUCGCCUCCACCACCUCUCCGCUGCUUCCUUUUCUGGCGGCCAGCCUCGUUAGCGCUUCCUUAAUGGAAACCUACAGCCGUCGCCGCAGCAGACCCAUGCAACCUCAUUUCCCUCCUCGGCCAUUCAUCUAAGCCCAUGCCAUGUUGCUGCCCUUUCUCCCGGCACUGUUGGCCAUUUUCGUUCCAUCCUUUCCCUCCCGAGGCUGCUCUCCCCCGGCUUCUUCAGAGUCUGGGCGAAAAGAACUGACAAGACUUACUUUGCCGCCUCUCAACUCCUCUUCCUCCCCCAAGUCCUUUGAGGAUGGGGGCACGUUUCCGACAGGCUUUGAGGAAGGGGGAGGAGAGGCCACCAAGGCGGCGGCGGCGGCGGCUGUAACUACUCUUUCACCUGAGUCUCCCCGACCCGCGCCCCAGCAGGAGCAGCAGCCCCGCGAGGAGCCGGCGUGCAACAUAAGCGUGCAGAGACAGAUGCUGAGUUCAUUGCUGGUGCACUGGAGCCCGUUGGGCUUCCAGUGUGACCUCGUGCUCUACUCCACCAGUGGUCCCGGCGGGCGAGCCUUUUUCUCGGCCUCCUUUCAUCGCGUUGGGCCGCCACUGCUCAUCGAGCAUCUUGGGCUAGCACCUGGCGGCAUACAGCAGGACCUCCGCCUAUGCGUGGGCUGCAGCUGGGCUCGAGGUAGGCGCGUCGGCCGCCUUCGCCCGGGCGUCUCCAAACCAGCGUCGUCGUCUUCUCCUUCGGCUGCACUCUACUCCUGGUCCACUCCGGACCAAGGACAGUCUUGGCAGCAAGGGGAACGGCUCCACUUCUGCUGUCUGGAUUUCAGCUUGGAGGAUCUCAAGGGAGAUCCAGGCUGGAGGAUGAAUCGCAAGCCCAUCGAGUCCACCCUGGUGGCCUGUUUCAUGACUCUGGUCAUCAUCGUGUGGAGCGUGGCCGCCCUCAUUUGGCCGGUGCCCAUCAUCGCCGGCUUUUUGCCUAACGGCAUGGAGCAGCGGAGGAGUGCCCCCACCUCGACAUCUGGAACAACUGCAUCGAAAUGACCGCCUACCUCCCGUAUCUGGUUCGAUGUCACCUGAGUCAUAUAGUUGAGGGGCUCCGGAUUGAGAAUCUUGCUAUAAAUUAAUUAUUUUUUGUAAUUUAAAAGGAAUCUAUUUUGUAAAUUAUUAUGUUAAAGCCAUCUUCUUGAUGUUGGAUGUAGAAGGCUGGAGUUAGGUAGAAAUCUUCAAACUAGAUUGAAGAACCUAUACCCGCUUCUCGUUAAUUUAUACCUGCUUCUAGUUAGUUUAUAGGUAUAUUUAUAAUGUGCUCAAAUUCAUAUCUAAUGAAAUGACCAAAAGCUGUGUAUUUGCUUUAUAUAUUAAAAAUAAACUCUUUUAAGUCAAUAUUUUAGUAGCAAUGCACACAGAAAUCCAGUGCAUUUUGCAGUAGUUAUAAGUUAUUUGUAUACAAAUACAAUUUGUCUUUGCAAAUGUAAAUUUACUAA